UUGAUAGCACAACAAGAAAAUGAGCAGUGAGCUUCACUCCCUACCUUACUCUACUCCUCCUAGCCGCACCUUCAUCAGUGGAUCUUCCCUUUGGGAUUAUCACAGUCUCGGACUUCUCAACGCAGACAAAAUGUCUUUAGUCAUGGAUGAAAUUGCACCAUGCUUCUCAUCACCUCUCGACCUCUCAGAUUUCUCGUCUGGCUACUUGGAAGAUGCUUUGCUCGAGUUCACUGAUCAUUCCAAACGUCGUCGUUUGCUUCCUUGCCUGGAUCAUGAACCAGCAAGCAAGACUACAUUCGAUAUUGAUCUUGACAAGAGCUUCUGGAAUAAUUUCAACCCUAUAUCGCACCAGCAGCCAGCAGAGAAUUUGUAUUGCAUGAACCAGAUAGAAAGCAUUGGUGAAUUUUCAGAUGUAGAUGAGUGUGGAAGAACAUGUAUGAGCAGAAUCAACGAGGAAGCAAAAAUCCUAGCAGGAACUGAGACACCAGAAGAGAUCACAGUAUCUGCAUCAGAAUCUCCAGAUUCAUCCUCAUCUUCCUACAACAAAAACCCACUUGCCUCUAAACCCAAGCAUGACACAAUAGCCGAAAGGGACAAGGGGAAGAAGAGGGUGAUAACGAGAGUGGCGUAUCCAUUUGCGUUGGUGAAGCCAGGAGGAAGAGAAGGUGACGUAACGUUGAACGACAUAAACGAAAGGAUCUUGAUGCGUCCCACAAGGCCGGUGAGGCAUCCGGUGGGGGACUUCGCGUGUCGGCCUUGCGUGUCAGCGGAGGGUCCAGGACUCUCAGGGAAAGAGGUGGUGGCCCUCACCAGGAUCCACACUCAGGGAAGAGGUACUAUCACCAUUAUCAGAACCAAAGGUUGAACCAAAACACACUCACCACCACGUACCCUCUUGGCAGGCAGGCUUGCUUCAGCAAACUAGCUUUAUUUGGAGCAGCUUUUAGAGGCCUUACUUGCUUUGUUUUCAUAACAAGAAAACACUGUUUCUCAUGCAUUAUGAGUCAUACUAUUUAUGACUCUUAUAAAUAGUGUAUGUAGCUACAUGUGCUGGUAUGGUUGAAGAAAGAUAAAGUUAGAGAGCAUGGGGGUGAAGGAGAUUUAAUUCUGUGCAAGAAAUUUGAGUGAGAAGAUUGAAUUCGGAUCACAAACGUUGGUCCAUUGUAUAGUUGGAAAUUGAAGCCAUAUAAGAUGUAAGGUAUAGUGAUGUAUAAAAUAGUUGAACUACUUGUUUUCUA